AUGAAGGUAACUGGAGCAUCUAUGUGGGUAACUAGAGACUGGGUGGUUUUCCUAUUCAAACCUUCUCCAACCAGCACACAGGCCAAACUCACAAGCGUUCGUAUCUUCACACUGGCGGAGACCGUUACCGGGAAAAAAUUUAAAAGCGGACGGAAAACAACUUUCAGCGGACAAAUGACCAAACGCUCAGCAACAGACGAGUUUCAGCGCACUAAAAUAAUAAACGGCUGCAAACAGAACAGUAUAAAUAGCGGUUUUAUUUGCUUUGCUUGCUCUACCAUCAGCAAUAACACCACUAGCCCACAGCAGUCACUUCCUGAUCGUCUCAUUUUCGAUUCUUCUAUUCUAUUAUUAUGCUAUACGAUAAAUUCUGCCUUUUGUCAUUUCACUUUUGCGCCCAUACCAAUCCAAUCCCGAAGGUUUUCACGGCUAACAACUGCAACAGGACUGCAGUGUUACGACCUACACUGCCAACCACAUGCCUAA